AUGAGCCAAGUAAAUGACGAAUACGCUGUCUCGGAACGAACACAUUCAUAUCGUCGUAGGUCCUUCUCUGACCGCGAUGAGCGCAAGAACCAUACUUCGCGUCAUCACCACCAUUCGCCGCCUCCACCUCAUACACACCAUCAGCCUGUGAUGAAAUUUAAUGCCGAUUUUUGGAAGCAGGUUGGUAAACAAGAGGGAGUUGGCGAAGAGGAAGGGAAGAGUAGUGAUUUCAAGCGGAAUGUUAUGAAAGCUCUGUUCAAAGAAGAACGUUUCAAAGAAUUUCAGAAACGACGAUGCAUGGACCAAGUAAUGGAUGUCGAUGAUGAUGAUGACGAGUGGCUAGAACAGCAACAGUUAAUUCAUAACAUAGUACAAAACCAAUGGCAAUCGGCUUCGGUUGGGAUGUAUCCAACAAACAUUCCUAAUGAACUUGACGUACAGCAGCAACAAUUAAUACUACAACAGCAGGCAGCUUACGUGGAGCACCUGCCAACAGAGAUUGCACAGGCAGUAGUUCAGAAGAAGUUGCCACCGGAAUUUUAUACCUACCGACAGGACAAUUCGCAACAGAUUAUUUGA